UCACAUUUCCUGCGAAAGAUUGCAAGGGAAAGUACCUGGAGGGCAAAGAUCUAGUAUCUCCGCUCCAGUAUCUUUGCUGGGGAGUGGAUAAGGGACGGAGGGAACCUGCAAGACUCACAGCGGCUGCAGGUGCAGCAUCCACAGACUGGCCAUGGGGAAAGUGCUGCUCGCCUUUCUCGCGGUUCUCCUCGCCAUUUUCGCUCGCACUUUGCUUGACGUGUGCAAUAAAUUAGGCGUGUUCAAAGAUCUGGCAGAAAUUGAACCUGGUAAUUGCCAUCUAAUCAAAGGAAUUGAAUAUGGGUCUGAGGAUAUUAGCAUUCUUCCCGGAGGGUUGGCGCUCAUCAGUUCUGGCCUGAAAUAUCCAUUGAUGCCUCAACUUUCCCCUGAUCAGCCUGGGCAGAUUUUCCUGGUGGAUUUAAACAAGCCAACCUUGAGAGCUGAGGAACUGAGAAUAAGUCGUGGCUUUGAUGUGGAAUCAUUUAACCCACAUGGAUUGAGCACAUACGUAGAGAAAGAUGGUACUAUUCUCGUUUUUGUUGUGAAUCAUCCGAAGCAUGACAGCACUGUGGAACUUUUUAAAUUUGAAGAAGAACAUCAUAGUCUGACUCAUUUAAAGACUAUCCGACACGAUCUUUUAAACAAUGUAAAUGAUAUCAUAGCAAUGAGUUCGCAGAGUUUCUAUGCUACGAAUGACAGUUAUUACUCUAAUUAUUACCUGAAGAUCCUCGAGUUUCUUUUGGGGCUUUCAUUCAGCAAUGUUGUUUACUACAGCCCUUUUGAGGUAAAAGUCGUCGCAACAGGAUAUGGAUUACUCAAUGGGAUUGAUAUUUCUGUUGAUGGAAAGUACAUUUUCCUUGCAGAGACUGCAGGUCAUAGAAUCCUAGUUAUGAAAAUUAAUCCAAAUCAUAUUCUAACUGAAAUAAAGAGUUUGACUGUGGAAAUUGGCCCAGACAACCUGGAGGUGGAUCCUAAAACUGGAGAUAUUUGGACUGGUGGUUGUUGGAAUGCCUGGAAAAUGUUACUGUACAAUCCUGAAAAUCCCCCAGGAUCUGAGGUAAUUAGAAUUGAAAACAUUCUUUCUAAGGACCCUAAAGUGACUGAAGUGUACGUGAACAAUGGAACUGUACUUCAAGGAACAUCUGUAGCCACUGUUUAUAAAGAUAGACUGGUUAUUGGCACAAUUUUCCACAAAGCUCUCUACUGUGAGUUUGGUCGUUCAUAACUUUGGAUGAAAGUAUGCUUUUCCAAACUGUGGUAAAUUACACUUCUGCAGCCAUUAUAAAACUGUCAAUUCAGGGGAUAUUAAUUUUGGUAACAUUUGGUAGAAAUGAUACAGAUCAUAAGAUAAUUCCUGUUCGUAAGUGGAAUAUUACCUAUUUUGAGAAUUUUUCCAAUUGUUUAAAAUAGAAGUAAAUUCUUACGUAGAUGGGUAAUGGUAUUGAAAAUGCCAACCUCAUUUUCUCUAUUUCCCAUUGUAUAAUGAUUUUGCUGUACACUAUGUUGAAGGCAUUGAUCCUGAUUCAAUGAUAGGAGGAAGUUUAAAAAUAAUUGAUGAAAGAAAACUUCACAUAAUAGACUUCUACUUUACAAUGAUCAAAAACCUAAUGAUUGUGAAAUGUAUAAAAGGCUUUUGUAAAGAAAGCAUGAAAUAUCUAAUUGUAAUCUUAUGUUGAUUGAUUUAUGUUCCAUACUGCUUGUCAAAAGUAAUGUUUGCCUGUUUCCACUUAGAAGGCACAAUAUUGUUUACAGAUUAUAAAAAGCUCUCAUUUCGUCUAAUAACUGAUUCAUUGAAUUUUUAUAAAUUGAAAAUUUAUAUAAAUAAGAUUCAAUUUUUAGUUGGGUGUGGACAAAUAAAACUUCCUUUUUUUGAUCAUGCAAUAAUGAUUUGUGAAUUUAAUGGUGUGGUGUACUUUGUAUUUAAUAAACCAAAAAUUGUAAUAACCAA